UCCGAGAUGGCCACCUCCGAGGGAGCUUCGCCCGAGCCGGCGGCCUUAGGACAACCUGCAGAGCUGCCCGCGUCGGUGCGGGCGAGCAUCGAGCGGAAGCGGCAGCGGGCGCUGAUGCUGCGCCAGGCCCGGCUGGCGGCCCGACCCUACCCGGAGACGGCGGUUACCGGAGGCAUGGUGAAUGUAAAAGCAACCCCAAAGUUAGUCGACACAAGAGGCGGCUUCAUUUUGGAAGAGGAAGAGGAGGAGGAUCGUAAAAUUGGAAACGUUGUUCAUCAGCCAGGGCCUGUUAUGGAAUUUGAUUAUACAAUAUGUGAAGAGUGUGGUAAAGAGUUUAUGGACUCCUAUCUCAUGACCCACUUUGAUUUGGAAACUUGUGAUAACUGCAGAGACGCUGAUGAUAAACAUAAGCUUAUAACGAAAACAGAAGCAAAACAAGAGUACCUUCUGAAAGACUGUGAUUUGGAAAAGAGAGAACCAGCCCUGAAGUUUAUUGUGAAGAAGAACCCUCAUCAUUCACAGUGGGGCGACAUGAAGCUCUACUUAAAACUACAGAUUGUGAAGCGGUCUCUUGAAGUGUGGGGUAGUCAGGAAGCACUGGAAGAAGAAAAGGAAGUCCGACAGGAAAACCGGGAAAAGAUGAAACAGAAGAAAUUUGAUAAAAAAGUAAAAGAACUGCGGCGAGCAGUACGAAGCAGCGUGUGGAAAAGAGCAACAGCGGCACAUCAGCACGAGUACGGGCCAGAAGAGAGUCUGGAAGAUGACAUGUACCGGAAGGCGUGCACUGUGUGUGGCCACGAGUUGACUUAUGAGAAAAUGUGACUUUGGGCUCAGUGAUGUUUUACAGCAUUUUAUAUUUAAAUAAAGCAAAUUGUUCAACCCUA